ACCGGUUUUGUAAAGAGCCCCCCCAUAUGAGAGCAUCCUCUUUGCCUAAAAGAUGAAAAGUGGGGAAAAUGGUUGAGUCCUUUUCACGCAAAUCCCUUUUCUUUUUCCCCCCCUCAACACUAUAAGAACCCACCCCCACACUCCCUACUCUCUACCCCAUCUUUUCCCAUUAUUCUCCCCCCCUCCUUUCCUUCCCCUUUCUUCCUUUCAUUCUAUUCAAUCUUUCUCCCUCUUGCUCUUCCUUUUCUCAUUGAGUUGGAUGGAGAAGCUGAAUAUUGUGAAGAAUGGAGUUGUGAUUCGCUUGCCUCCCGGGUUCCGGUUCCACCCCACGGACGAGGAGCUCGUAGGACAGUACCUUAAAUGCAAGGUCCUACGGCGCCCUCUGCCCGCCUCCAUCAUUCCCGAGAUCGAUUUAUGCAAAUUCGAUCCCUGGGACUUGCCAGGUGAUUUAGAGAAGGAAAGGUAUUUCUUUAGCACAAGAGAGGUGAAGUAUGCAAAUGGGAGGAGAACAAACAGGGCCACCGGCUCCGGCUACUGGAAGGCCACCGGACUGGACAAGCAAAUUGUGAGCGGCAGCACGAAGGCGGCGGUCGGGACGAAGAAGACCCUGGUUUUCUACCACGGGAAACCGCCCCGCGGGACCCGAACCGAUUGGGUAAUGCACGAGUAUAGCCUCUGCACUAAUGCUGCAGAAACCACACCCAAGAACUUCUUGCCACAGGAGAAUUGGGUACUGGUCCGCGUAUUCUUGAAGAAAAGAGGCUCCAAAAUCAGCGAAGAAGGCAACGUUAGGAAGCAUAACAUUAGCGAAGGCGUGGCAUGUUUGAGGAAGACGAGGGUCGAACCGGUUUUCUACGAUUUCUUGACGAGAGGAAAGGGUGGUUCGGAUACGGAGGUUGUUUCUACUUUGUCAUCGUCGGACUCGAGCGGUGUGACAGAGGUUUCAUGUGAUGAUAAUAGAGCAGAUGAUCAUGAAGAGAGCAGCAGCAAUUGCAAUAAUGGUUGUUUCACCACUUUUAGAAGACAACCUUAGAAUAAAUUGAAUUCAUCCAAUUCUCAUAUAUAUAAAUAUGUUAUAGUCAUUUCAUAUUGGCUAAAUAUAAAUCAUUUGUAUUAUUAUCCUUAGGAGUUGUGCAUUUUAGAAUGGAACUCCAAAUCUUAAUAUUUAAUGUCCUAUCAUUGAUUUUUUUAGCUUUUAUUCUCUGAGAGACUUUUAAAAUAACUUUCAAUAACAACAUGUUAUGCCU